AUGGUUACUCUUAACGAUUUAAGUACAAACAAGCAUUCGAAGAAGUCGAAAAAGAUGACAAAAGAUGAAAAAAUGGUGGACGCUACUGAUGCUGGUAAUGGAUCGGAUUACUGCUCAGAUUCAGAGUCAUGGCUGGAGACUGAAGAAGAAGAACUGCUGGAUGAUGAUGACAAUGAAUUAAUCGAAAGAAAAAGUGUACGACAUUUGGUAAGCACCGAAAUGAUUGUCCAUAAGGAGAAACUUAAGAAUUUGCCAGAUUUGGACUGUAGUCCGAGAACUAUUAGCAAAUAUAAGAUGGUACUUGAUGGAAUAUUCGACAGAUUUCCAACAUUUAAAAAGACUGUUCUUAAUGACUUCAAUAUUGAUUCAAUCAAGGAUGUCACAAUGCUAUUGGUUGCUUACAAUAAAGAAAGUACAAUAUUCUUCUACAGAUAUUUGGCCGAUUCAAUCGAACGCAUAUUGAUGACGAAAACUAGAGAUAUCCGUAAUGAAUUGGGAAGACCUACUUUGAAAGAAAUAAACCAAUACAUUGAAGAUCAUUAUGAUGCUUCAGAAGAAAUCAUUAAUUAUUUCAAAGGAUUUAGAAAAAAUCGAAAGGUUCUUAAAUCAUCUGAACGCGAACGUAAUAUUGAACGGUUAAUAUCAACAACCGAUAAACAUAUUGUCCUGUUCUUCAGAACGUUGGAGCCUCAUUAUUUCCAUGAAUACGCAUUGUUUAUCGACUAUAGUAGUGAAGAUAAUGUAGAAGUCUUGGGUCGACAAUUGAAUGAACAAUUCCAGGCAUAUAGAAAGGACCCUUCCAAAGGUGCGGCAAGUAUGGAGCAAACUUACAUCAAAAUGCGCGAUUACGCUGCAUUCACGGAGCCAUCUAAAGUCAACAUCAAUAAAACGAAAAAGAAGAGUAAUCAACACGGUUUCAGGAAGAAUCAAAGUGCAGAGUCUAUUAACUGA